AUGAAGAGUUCAAUGUAACAAAGCUAUUAAAAUAUUCUAAAAAUAUCAUAGCAUAUCAAAUAAUCAAGAACUACAACUCCUCCAUUAAGUACUAAAAAAAGAGUUAAAUCUGCUACUCUUUUAAAGUAGUAACCUUAUGAAAAACUUGUAAACUCUACUACAAGAGAUGAAGAAACAACUAGAGGCAUAAUUGAUAGUAUAAGAUUUGAUAAUGAUUGCAAAUAAUAGAAUGAAGAUGAUUAAUUCAAAAAAAUAGAAAAUUACAAAUAUUAACAUGAAAAAGAUCAAUGUUACAUUACACAUCUCUAAUAAUAGGUUACAGAUUUAGAAUAAUAAUUGUUAUAAAUUGAAACUAAAUAACAAUAAAUUAUGUAACCAAUUAAAAAUCAUGCCAAAAUGUUAAUGGAUAGAAUUUCUUUCCUAGAAAUUACUAAAUCCUAAUAUUCUUUAGAAGAAUAGAAAUUAUCUAAAUGUUUACAAAAAGUUCUUGAUCAUAAUCAUUAAAUAUAAUUAGCUUAUGAAAAGAAAUGUCAGGAAAUUCAAAAACUUAAAUCACUGAAAUAAAUUCCCUGA